AUGGCAUUAAAGUGGAGGAAUGUAGGCCAAGCAUGUACUACGGCAAACCGAGUUUAUAUUCAAGCCGGCAUCUAUGAGAAAUUUGCCACCGCCUUCUCGGAGCAGCCUAGCAAGUUCAAGAUAGGUCACGGCGAUGAUUCUGUUAAUAGCUUCGCAGCUGCCGCUGCGUUUGCCGGUCAUCAGAAGGCUGAAUCGCAAGUCAAGAAUGCUCUUGAGAACGGUUUUAAGCUCAGAACUGGAUUAGGAAGACCUCUUGUAUUGACUUUGUUGGGAGACACUAGCCAGUUCAUGGAGCCAGCGGUUCUUACCGAAAUAACACAGGAUAUGGAGAUGGCCACGGAGGGAACCUUUGGUCCAGUUUACGGCCUCUUCAAGUUUGAAACAGAGGAACAGGCUGUGACGUGGGCCAACGACACCAGCCUGGGUCUUGCAAGCUAUGUGUUUACUAAGAAUUCGGACCGUUUGUGGAGGUAG